ACGUACAUUGGUGACUGUGUAGUUUGUUGUUGGUGAAUCGCUAAAUAAAUGUGUGCAUUAAACAGCCAACGGUCUUUUAAAGUGUGUCUUUAGUAGGUGAUAACAUCUAAUGGACUGGAAAUAGGUCAUAUGAAAAAUAGGUUGUGUUUGUUUCACCAACAAUGGAGCCUCUUGAAGAGACUUUGAUACAGCUGAAGAGAGAUUUGGAAGACAAACAAAUGAGUCAGCAUGAUACCAUCAACUUCCUCAACAGCACUUUAAAACAGUUUCUGAACAUGGCGGCGGUCCAGAAGGACAGGGGUGUGCUACCAAGAUUCAAGUCUCUGUUGUAUCAGAGUGGCAUUCUAGACCACUGCAUCUCGCUUUUCACUCCAUCACUGCAAGGCAACUGGAGCGCCGCCGCCAUGCUUGCCUCACUCACCAGUUCAUGUUGUGUGGGUGUGGAACCUGGUGAACUGUCAGAGACCUUUCAUAGGCUGUUCUUGCCGUCAGUCAUGGACAGCCUCCUGUCAUUGGCCAGUCAGCUUGCGAGGCAAACACAGCGUAUGGAUCUCCUGAAGAAGGUGAUGGAGUCGAUCGGCUGGAUUCUGCGAGCGCACACACAGCUCACCACUCAGGUCCUCAGCUCUGCCUACUACGAGCUUAUCCAGGGCCGUGAUGUCACCGCAGCAUUGCUGUGUGUCCAAAUGUGGAUUGACUCAUGCACAGCGAGCAGUGACUUCCUGUCAAACUUGUGCGAUAACUCCAUACAGUUACUGCUUAAUGAGGCUGUUGGCCAGUUAGCUAUCACCUCUGAUGCAGCAGUGGGUGGAGCAUCUAUCAGACUUAUCCUCCACAUGUCCAAUCAGCUGCAACUCCAGACCCUCCUCCUCAGCUUCAAAGGUUUGGACAGCCUGUUGGAAAAAGACUGGCGAGGGUGUGGGUUUGACCAGGAAGUCAGUCAGCUGAUUGCACUCCUCCAACCUUGUGAAAACACAUCUUCUGAAGAGUGUGUGCGAGCGGCGUGUAUAAUUCAGGCAACCUGGAGAGCGUAUCUUACCAGACGCAGACUCAAGACCCUCAACCGAGUAGUUACCAUGCUGCAGCGCCACUUCAGAGCUCGUAAAAAACGACAGCAAAAGCAGAGGGCAGCACAGCAGUGGGAGGAGGAGCGUAAAUACCAGGUGUGUAUGCGCCGUCAGCAGGCAAGAACCAAGUUCCACCAGAAACAGAGACAGCUUCUACAGCUUUUACCGCCUGACCAGGUGCAACCAUACCUGCAGGAGUGCGAGCGGCGUGCAGCUGUGUUGAUCCAGAGCACCUGGAGAGGCGUUAUGGCCAGGCGACGCGUUGAUUUACAACGACGUGUAUCGAAGCACACGCAAGCUCAGCAGCGGGCGGCUAGAACCUUGCAGAGAGCUGUACGUCAUUAUCUCCAAGAGCGUCGUGCAGCAAAGGUGUUGUCUAGCAUACCUUGCUGGAUUGGUCAGAAGGGUUUGACGAACAGCAAGAGGGUAAUGUUGAAGAGACAGGUGGAGGAAUAUAUCCGGUUGCAUCCUUCAGUGGGUAUCAGUAGUGAGCAAUGGGAACAUCUCCAUGUAGACGUGCAAUGGCGGUUGCAGGCGCUGCUGCAGAAGACAAUACAAAAGAGUCGGGAAGAGCAGAAAAUUGAAUCUCUACUUGCUCACACUCACACUCAGCUGGACCUUCUCAGAGACACGCUUCCCCUCUCGGAUGUCAAGGUGGCAGAUAUCCAGCGUUUUCUCAGCCCGUCCAGUGCCGUGGCUGCUAAUGCUCGUGACGCACACAACGCCAGGCUUCAGGCCGACAGGCUACCCUGGUGGCGGACUUUGGAUGACAAGACUGCACAAGGCGAGUUUAUGGGAUUAUAAAUUAAAUUAACGUUCACAGUCACUGUAUACCUUUUGUUUAUGUGGUUGCUCCGUGAAAUUAAAAAUAAACUUGCUGCUUUUUGUUUUUAAA